UAUUUUUACCUUGUUUUUCUUCAGCCCUUUUUCUCUCCCUAUCUCCUCUUCGACGGGAGGAGAAGACGACGACAGUCUCACUGGAAUAGGGAAGAUUUGUCUCUCUAUCUAUCGUUCAUUGUCGGAGGCAUACUUUCUUUCUCAUACCUUCUGAUCAUCGAUUUGUCACUUGAUUCAGAACGUUUAGUGCAAUGGGAAAGAAAAAAGCUGAUGAAAGUGGAGCUCCAUCUAAGACUAAGGGAGGCGGUAAAGACGCUCAGAAAGAGGUGAAGAAACUUUCUGUUUCGGCCAUGCUUGCUAGCAUGGAUCAGAAGCCUGACAAGGCUAAGAAGGGAUCUUCGUCUUUAGUCUCAAGCAAACCCAAGGCCAAAGCACCUCUUAAACCUUCUUAUACGGAAGGAAUAGACUUACCUCCCUCGGAUGAAGAUGAAGAUGAUGAUGUCUAUGUAUCUGAAGAUUUGCCACAGAUCGGUAAGGAGUCUAUCCGUAACCAGAGAGAGGAAGGAAAGUCGGUUGAAGUUUCUGUAACAGAUAAAGAAAUAAAGAAAAGGGAAAAGAAGGACAUGUUAAUUGCUCAUGCUGUUGAGCUAGCAAAACAGGAGGCGCUCAAGGAUGACCGUGAUGCAUUCACCGUUGUUAUUGGUAGCCGGGCCUCUGUUCUCGACGGUGAUAAUGAGGCAGAUGCAAAUGUUAAGGAUAUAACUAUAGAAAACUUCUCUGUAUCAGCUAGGGGGAAAGAACUCUUAAAGAAUGCUUCGGUUAAGGUAUCACAUGGAAAAAGGUAUGGAUUGGUUGGACCAAACGGUAUGGGAAAAUCAACUCUUUUAAAGCUGCUUGCUUGGAGGAAGAUUCCUGUUCCUAAAAACAUAGACUUACUUCUAGUCGAGCAAGAGAUCGUGGGGGAUAAUAGAACCGCUAUCGAAGCUGUUGUUUCUGCUAAUGAAGAGCUUGUGAAAAUUAGGCAAGAAGUUGCAAAACUUGCAGAUGUAGGAGGUGAUGAGAAUGAUGAUGAUGCUGGAGAAAGGCUAGCCGAACUGUAUGAGAGGUUACAACUGAUGGGAUCGGAUGCAGCUGAGGCUCAGGCUUCAAAGAUUCUUGCUGGUUUAGGUUUCACCAAGCAAAUGCAAGCCCGCACUACAAACUCUUUUAGCGGAGGUUGGAGAAUGAGAAUCUCGUUGGCUAGGGCACUUUUCAUUCAGCCGACUUUACUGCUUUUGGAUGAACCCACCAAUCAUCUCGAUCUGAGAGCUGUUCUCUGGUUAGAGGAGUAUUUAACCCGAUGGAAGAAAACCCUAGUCGUGGUUUCCCACGAUCGUGAUUUUCUGAAUACAGUAUGCAACGAGAUCAUCCAUCUCCACGACAUGAAACUGAAUGUAUACCGCGGGAAUUUUGACGCUUUUGAAAGUGGGUACGAGCAGCGUCGCAAGGAAAUGAACAAGAAGUACGAAACUUAUGAAAAACAGCUGAAAGCUGCAAAGAAGACUGGGAAUCGCGAUAAACAGACUAAAGUGAAAGACAAGGCAAAACUGGAUGCGAAAGAAGCCUCUAAGGGUAACAGAGGAAAGAAUAAAGUCGACGAUGACGAUACAGUACCCGAUGUCCCCCAGAAAUGGAGAGAUUACACUGUUCAAUUCCAUUUCCCCGAACCGACUGAACUAACCCCGCCGCUCCUGCAGCUAAUCGAAGUCAGUUUCGGUUAUCCAAGCAGACCGGAUUUCCGCCUUUCGAAUGUCGACGUCGGUAUCGACAUGGGUACCCGUGUCGCUAUUAUCGGGCCAAAUGGAGCCGGAAAAUCAACUUUGCUCAAUCUUCUUGCCGGAGAUCUUGACCCUAGCGAAGGCGAAGUAAGGCGUAGCCAGAAGUUGAGAAUCGGACGAUAUUCCCAGCAUUUUGUGGAUCUUCUAACAAUGGACGAAACCCCUGUUCAGUAUCUUCUCCGACUUCACCCGGACCAAGAGGGGCUGAGCAAGCAAGAGGCAGUUCGAGCUAAACUUGGAAAGUUUGGUCUCCCCAGCCAUAACCAUUUAACCCCUAUUGCAAAACUAUCGGGUGGACAGAAAUCCCGAGUGGUGUUCACUUCUAUAUCUAUGUCGAGACCACACAUUUUGCUGUUUGACGAGCCGACGAAUCAUUUGGACAUGCAGAGUAUCGACGCCCUUGCUGAUGCGUUGGACGAGUUUAGUGGCGGGAUUGUGUUGGUGAGUCACGAUUCUAGGCUGAUAUCUAGGGUUUGCGAGGACGAAGAGAAGAGUCAGAUAUGGGUGGUCGAGGAGGGAACCGUGAGGAAAUUUCCAGGUGUGUUUGAUGAAUAUAAGGAAGAGUUGUUGAAGGAAAUCAGAGCUGAGGUUGAUGAUUGAUUAUUAAUUUCCUAUCAUUUUGGUAUGGAUUUACUUUUGGUUAUGUAAUGCAAUAAAUUGAUAAAUACUUACAAACUUUGUUAAAUUGUGUUUUUGUUUCAUGAGUUUAUUGGGACAUCGAUUUUCGGAAGACAAUUUUCGGGUUGUUUUAUAUGUAUAAUCUUGUAUUUUUUUCAUCAAAGGAUAACAAUUGAACUUGGUUUAUUUUU